CGCAGUUCCAGCAAUAUUACCAUAGAACUCUGUUAUCCAAGCAUCGUUACAAUUAUGAUGAAAUUGGUCAUUUUGGUCGCAGUCUUCGGCUUAACUCAAUCAUACGACCCCAACGUCUGUACUGAAUGCAAUCAGCAUCAGAACAACAUCUGUUUCGAUUUGGCGAACGCGUAUCUGUAUAACCCUGAAAAUUGGGAUGUAGGACUUGGCGAGCAAUGGUGUGAGUUCAUGAGGAUCCGAUUGGCGUGUCUACUGGAAGUAUAUUGUGAAUACGCCCCAGGUGGUUAUGAUAUUAUACGAAACAUAAACCAGCUGACAUCUACUCUUGCAUAUUACGAUGAAUGGGGCAUAUGUGACAAUACUGUACCCAGCGAACUGGGUCCAUGUCAUUUAGCGAUGAUCCGAGAAAAGUGUGUCAAUGAAACAGUCCUUCACAUACGCGCCAAGUACUCCGUAUCGUGUCUGGAAACAGUCAGGCUGCUAGAUUGCAUUUUUGAGGAGCAACAUAAUCCUGAGUGCAGCUUCCCGUUCAUCUUUGACCCAAGAAAUUUAGCCCCCUACGUGUUACUGAACAACGGCAACUGCUGCUAUAGACCACCAUCACAGGAACUGCAGGAUGCAGCUGCAGCUUGGCGAGAGGAGAACCCAGACGGAUAUUGUCAGUGCCAAGACGAGUAAGGGCGUCUCCAAGAACUGAAUCGUUUUCCCCUUCGACAUACCAACCAACCAACAACUCGAUAGUGAUCACCAUACAAUUAUAAUGUUACGAGUAACACGAUAAUAAUAUAGCUUACUCAUGUAGACAUUACUUUAUCAUGAAAUAAAGAAAUAAUUAAAACUAA